CCUAGGUCAGGCCAAGGCUGGGCAAUACCAGGCUUCGGUGGCAUGUUGACCUGUCCUCCCCAGCCCAGGUGACCUGGUUCCCCCAGGCCAACACAUACAACCACACUGGAAAUAAAGAAAGAGGAAGGAAAGGUCCUUGCAAUGGCCAUGAACACGACAACUCCUGCAGCACCCGUGUCAUCAAGUGUCACGUUCAUCUCUCUGCUGGUUAUCAUCGUGCUGUCAGUGGCACUGGUUGUGGGGCUUCCGGGCAACAGCUUUGUGGUGUGGAGCGUCCUGGUAAAGCUGCGGAAGCGCUCUGUCACUGCCCUGCUUGUGCUGCACUUGGCCCUGGCUGACUUGGCCGUGUUGCUCACUGCCCCCUUUUUCCUCUACUAUGCGGCCCAAGGGACCUGGACUUUCGGACUGGCUGGCUGCCGCCUGUUCCACUACGUCUGCGGAGUCAGCAUGUAUGCCAGCGUCCUACUCAUCACCACCAUGAGCCUGGACCGCUCGCUGGCAGUGGCCCUCCCGUUUGUGUCCCAGAAGCUGCGCACCAAGACAGUUGCCUGGCGGGUGCUGGCAGGCAUCUGGGUGGUGUCUGUUCUGCUGGCCACUCCAGUCAUCGUGUACCGCAAGGUGACCCCGGGAAUGAACAACCGGAGCCUGGUCUGCUUUCCAAAGUACCCCAGCGAAGGACAUAGGGUCUUCCACCUGUUCUUCGAGGUGGUCACCGGCUUCCUGCUACCCUUCCUGGUCGUGGUGGCCAGCUACUCCGACAUCGGGCGCAGGCUGCGGGCCCGGCGCUUCCGCCGCAGCCGCCGCACCGGCCGCCUGGUGGCGCUCAUCAUCCUGGCCUUCGCCGUCUUCUGGCUGCCCUACCACAUGGUGAACCUGAUCCAGGCGGUCCGCGCGCUGGCCGGCAAAGCCGCGGGGUCCGGGCCCGAGUGGCGGCGGCUGUACCUGGCCCGCCAGGUGCUCAUCACGCUGGCCUUCCUGAGCAGCAGCGUGAACCCCGUGCUGUACGCGUGCGCCGGCGGCGGCCUGCUGCGCUCGGCCGGCGUGGGCUUCGUCGCCAAGCUGUUGGAGGGCACCGGCUCUGAGGCGUCCAGCAGCCGCCGCGGAGGCACCCUGGCUCAGACGGUGAGGGGCGCCCCCGCCUCUCCCGAGCCUGGCCCCUCCGAGAGCCUCACUGCCUCCACCAACGCUCUGGAGUGAAGCCAACUCAGCGAGGCCUGCUGGGUGGUGGCGGUGGAAAGCAGCUUUCCUCCUGGGGGAGUGCACCCCCCGCCUCGCCCCGCCCCCACCCCCGCCCCGCCCCCACCCCCCGCCCCCCGCCGGCCUGACCCAAUUCUUUACCCCUUUCCUUCCCCCAGGAGGAGGCGGUGGGCGCGGGAUGGAGAGGAAGAGAGGGAGGGGCGGGGCCCGUCAGGGCCGAGUGAGAGCCUGGCGCCCACGGGAAAGCUUUACAAUGAAAACUGUAGUCUGAGAUUGGGUCAACCCUGUGUGUGGGGUAUGCGUAUUGCGGGGGAUUGGGGUGCUCCUGGUUGUCCCUAUGGUUGUCCUUCUCCGCAGUUGAGAGGCACAUCCUUUAGUUUCCCAUGAGUUUCAGUUUUGGGAGAGACGCAAAGGCAGACACAGAAAUCAGACCUCCUUCCCUAGCGCUUCUGACUCAGGUGGUCCGCAGGCCGCUGAAGGAGCUGGCCAGGGAAGACCACCCAUGUGGGCUCAUCACGCCAGACUUUCUGACUCAGUUGAGCUUCACUCCCUGACUCAGUGGACCUUCUGAGAACACUCAGCACUGCUGUGAGGUGUCUGCCCUGAAGGCUGUGAUGGGUAUCUUUGUUAGCAGGAUUCCAACUUCCUGCCAGUAAUCUUUGUCCGCUCAGUGGGAGAUGUCCUUCCUUCCCUCUGUCUCCCAAGGAAGCCUCACUUGAGAACCAGGUCAUCAGAUCUUAUCCCCUAGAAUUCUGCACAUCGGCACUCUGCCAGCCCCUGAAAUGCUCUGCUGCAGGCUGGAGCUGGGGGCCCUCUGUGAUGGGGUCAUCCUUAGGAAAUGAAGAUUUGCAAAAGUGAGACGGUUGAGUCAUUCUUUCCUAGGGAUGACUGUUGUCUUGGAGAGCCUUGGACUGGCUCUGUUCUGACAGCAUUUUAAGAAGAUGGUAGUGGCAGUGCACUUUUUGAAUCUUUCCCAUGAAAAAAGAAAGACAACUAGGAGAAAACCCCCAAAUCUACAUGCAACAUCUGCAACAAAUCUAGGGUGUCAAGGUAUCUCCCGUGGACCCCAAAAUAUGAGCAAGGGGGAAUGUGCCUUGGACACAUCAAGACCCACGUGAUAUCAGCAUCUGGGCAGAAGGAUGCAGAAGGAAGCAAGGCGGGAAUCUGCGGGACCCUCAGGAGACCCCCAAACUGUCUGGAAAGCAUGGUGGGUCAGUUUGAAAACAGCAGCCAAAACAGAGAAGGACCUAAUAGAUUAUUUCCCAGGCCUCCCGCCCAUGCUACAUCGUAAGCACAUAGCAGGUGCUUUACUUAGUGUGUGUUGAAUGAAUAAAGAUCAAAUAACAUUUUCCUGGAGAUUCUUUCCAGUAUUUGUAGGUGGGGAGCACAGAAGGACAAGUCUUUGGUUUGAGUCACGUGAAUAAAAUUCUUUCUACUUCC